AUGACAGGAUCGCAGGGGACUCCAAGUACGACGGCGAGCCAGGCCGCCAUUGCAGCCGCAGCUCUCUUUACAUCGCAUCCUGCCCCUUCAUCAACUAAUAAUGCUAACAAGGUCCCCAGCAUCAAUGGCAGCGCCGAUAAUAAACAGCUUGGAAGACAAGAAAAUACGAUUAGAACAUCCAAAUUACACAAAAUGAGGACAACAGUAAGCAGAAAUCAACCAUCCAUGAGGCCACUUCAAACAUCAUCAUCAGUAGAUAAUUUACAUGCAGAUAAAGCCAAUGGGUCAAGAGAUUAUUCUAUUUAUAAUACACCAACCUCCCAAGUGCCUCAAUCAGCAACAUCGAUAUCGAGUAAAAAUAACAAGUGGAAUGAUAUAAACAAUAGCUCUUCUUCCACUGCUCUGGCGGCUGCAUCGUCAAUUGCAAAGAGAAAUCCAGAGAUGAUUAUAUCUAACGCAACUUCGCCAAAGUUGUUGAGGAAGCAAAGGGUUCGGAAACCCCCAUUAGUUCCACAAACUACAAAUCCAACGAUAAUAGCAAAUCACUUACUCCAAUCAGAAGUUUCCUUACAAGCGCCGACAUCAAUUGUUUCUACUCCUUCUUCUAGCCCCAAAUCACUGUCUAAUGACAGUAAUAUUAUACCUUCUCACUAUCCAAUAUCUACGACACAAAUACCCAGCCACAUCAAGAAGCUCGACUUGAAUACCUCUGUCAUUUCAGUUGAUCCACCAAUGCCUAGUGCAACUACUGCUCCUGACAACACAGCACCGAAUCAAAGGCUAAGGAAUUCCAUGGGUACUAGUAAUUCAAUUUACCAACAGCAGUCAGCAAAUGUACCAUCACAACAGUUGGUUUUCAGGACUACUUUGAGGGAUGAUAAAAAGUCGAAAAAUAAGAACAGCAAGUCUGGAUUCAACGAAAACAAGCCCUGGAAGAACCAUGAACGAGAAACUCUGAACAUGAUCACAUCAGACGAGAAAAAACGUUACGAGGGGGUGUUUGCAGCAAACAAAUCCUCAUACCUUGAUCUUGACCCUAGGCUAGUUGACGCUGAAAGUUUGAAAUUAUCAAAUUUUGUAAACACUUAUACACCACUAAACGAAAGGAUCCACAGUUUGAUCGUCUAUGAAAUCUGGACGAGGUCGAAAAUCGAUAAGACAACCUUAUCCAAGAUUUGGUCGUUGGUAUUAGAUGAUCGAAAAAGACGUUGGAUAAAAGCAGUUAACAACGGAUCAAAAGAAUGGUUAGUUGAAAUACCGAAGAACCAGAUAAUGACAAAUACGAAUGGUUCACGUUCAUCUGAGAAUGUGCAAGAUGACACAAGAGAACAACAAGUUAGCUAUAACUUGCUAGACAUUGAUAGGAAUAUGUUCGAUGAUUCGACAUUAACAUAUGAGGAAUUCAUUGUUGGAAUGUGGCUUAUAGACCAAUGCUUGUAUGGUAGAAAGUUACCGAAAUCAAUACCCGUAACUGUUUGGGAAACAAUCGGUAUUGAUUGGUCCCAGAAAUACCAACCACAUCAUCAUCAUCAUCAUCAAAAUCUAGUUGGUGACCUGGUAAGCAAGGGCAUUAAAACAGGGAAAUCUACGAAACGGGAAGUUUUCAAAAAAGUGAUUGGUAUAUAG